AUGGAAAAAUUUGGUCUACGAGCACUAGUGCCGCUGCUUAAACUAGAGGACAAAGAACUAUCAAGCACAUAUGAUCAUUCCAUGACUUUAGGAGCGGAUUUAUCGUCGAUGUUAUAUUCGUUAGGCAUUCCGAGAGAUUCGCAGGAUCACAGAGUUCUCGAUACUUUCCAGUCACCUUGGGCAGAGACAUCCAGAAGUGAAGUGGAGCCCCGAUUUUUUACACCAGAAUCCUUCACCAACAUUCCCGGCGUAUUACAAUCCAAUGUAACCCCGCCAUGUUUCAAUUCUAUUCAAAAUGAUCAACAGCGUGUGGCCCUUUUCCAAGAUGAAACGUUGUUUUUCCUCUUUUAUAAACAUCCAGGUACAGUCAUCCAGGAACUGACGUAUUUAGAACUCAGGAAAAGGAAUUGGAGGUACCACAAGACCUUGAAGGCCUGGCUCACCAAGGACCCGAUGAUGGAACCGAUUGUGUCCGCUGACGGGCUAAGCGAAAGGGGAUCAUACGUGUUUUUUGACCCACAAAGGUGGGAAAAGUGUCAGAGAGACUUCUUAUUGUUUUAUAAUGCUAUUAUGUAA